UAUUUACAUCAUAUGAAUCAGUGGCAUACCCGUAAAUCACCCCAAACUCAGCCUCGUUUCUUCUAGCCAAUUCUGGGCGCCCCCUCUAUCUUUUUAUUCUUCCGGUUCUGAAACCUCAUCCCCACCCGCUUUUCUUUUUUUCUAAUAACAACUCCAACAAUGGCGUCGUCGCCAACGCUUUUGCACUCCACUGCUUCUUCAUUUUGCGGUCAAUUUCCGCCGCAUUCAGUUCGGUUGCCGUGCGGUGACCUCAGGACCACGCGUCCCGGUGGUCGGCUGUCGGUGAAGGCCACGGCAGCUACAGUCCUAGUGGAGAAAACUGAAGCCAAGCAAGUUAAUCGGCUCAAGGGUAGAUACGUCGAAAAAAUUGUACCUUUGCUCAAGGAGGAGUUCAAUUACACUAACAUUCAUCAGGUACCAAAGAUUGAAAAAAUCGUUGUGAACUGUGGCAUUGGAGAUGCUGCGCAGAACGCCAAGGGUUUGGAUGCGGCCAUGAAUGACUUGGCUCUUAUCACAGGGCAAAGGCCGGUGAAAACCAGGGCAAAGAACGCCAUUGCCACCUUCAAGAUAAGAGAAGGUCAACCACUUGGAAUUGCUGUCACUCUCAGGGGAAAUGUCAUGUAUGCAUUUCUGGACAGGCUAAUCAACUUGGGACUCCCUAGGACUAGAGAUUUUCAGGGUGUAAGUCCAAAUAGCUUCGAUGGACAUGGAAAUCACAGCAUUGGAUUCCGUGACCAGAGUGUGUUCCCUGAGCUAAGUUUUGAUGCUCUUGGUAAGCCAAGAGGAAUGGAUGUUUGCAUAGCAACAACUGCUAAUACAGAUAAAGAAGCUCAGAGAUUACUUGCUCUCAUGGGAAUGCCAUUUAGAGAAGGCAGUACUGGUACAGCAACGGUGGUAAGGAAGAAAAAGCUCAAAGCUCAUCAUUUUGACUCAAAAGCAAAGCAAAGGGCUAGAAGAUGAAAAUACCAAGAGCUGCGUGUUAUUUUGCUCACCUGCAUCAUUUUUUCCUAGGUUGUGGAAGGCAUGUGCAUGGUGUCAUUAAACAUGUAAUUGGCAUUUACUGCUUGUUAGAACUUUUUCUUGAGAGGGAUUUUGUAGUUGGUAAAAAGUCCCAGGUCCUCACCUGUUAAUGCUUAGUGUAUAAUCUUGAGACUUGGUAAAUUGGGUGAGGAACAUCCCUUCUGAAGACAAUUUUGUAAUUUUGAUUCUUCAUCUUCAAUCCAAUUGCUUCAGUCA